AUGGAAGAACUUGAAUUUGCAAAGGUGCACAACUCAACAAUCUUUCUUAAAAAUCCUCCAGCUGCUCACAAUGAUCUAAAAUUCAUUGUUGAUGGUCUUAAGAAAUGUUGUCUGGUUCAUGCUUUGACGACUAGUCCAGUGACUUAUCAGAACUUGAUCAAAGACUUUUGGAGAAGUGCAAUCUUCACGGAAGAUGACAAUGAAGAAAAGUAUCUUCAAGAAACUAUACACGGAAAGAAGAUUCUGAUCUCAGAAAGUGUUAUUCGGGAAUCACUUCAAAUCAAUGACAGGACUGAGUAUUCUAUGGAAAUUGAAGUGUAUCAAACUCAAGACGUUCUGCACCACAUGGAGUAUGAAGGAUCAUUUCAUCCUUACAUCAAGAAACUACUUCCUCCUUGCUGCACCACAUGUAAAUGUUCAUGA